GCGGGCGGAUAGCGGGCCGCUCUUCGGCUUUGAGGCUAACGACGCUUUUUCUGCGUAUUUACCGUGAAAUAAGAAGAAAAGUCCCAUGUCUCUAUGAUCCAGACAAAACCGCAGCGAUCACCGCAGCGACCCGCACCACAGUCAGUCCACACACGAGCUGAGUCAUGGCGGACCCCGGCUCUCGUCCCCAGAGGAAGAUGUCCACGGCGGGAGAGAGUGUGUACAGAGUGUUGGGACUGGAGAAAGGAGCGUCUGCAGAGGACAUCAAGAAAGCCUACAGAAAACUCGCUCUGAAGUACCAUCCAGAUAAAAACCCGGAGAACCCCGAGGCGGCAGAGAAGUUUAAGGAGAUCAACAACGCCAACUCCAUCCUGAACGACGAGAACAAACGACGCGUUUACGAUGAGUACGGAUCCAUGGGCCUGUACGUGUCCGAGCAGUUCGGAGAGGAGAGCGUCAAGUACUACUUCCUCAUGUCCAAGUGGUGGUUCAAGGGCCUGGUGGUGUGUUGCACGCUCUUCUCCUGCUGCUGCUGUUGCUGCUGCUGCUGUUUCUGUUGUGGGAAGUGUAAACCUCCAGAGGACGAGGAGAGUUAUCAGUACGUGGACCCAGAAGACCUCGAGGCCCAGAUCAAGGCUGACCAGGACGGAGGAGGAAAGUGUCGUAAAGAAGUGCAUAAAUGAGCCUCAAUCUUCAGAUAAAGCCUUUGGAGUUACAGAGCCUCCUCCUGCAGCCAACUUUGGUCCACAGCUCCAACCAGACCACCUCGAAGUCACAAAUUUACCCCAAAAAACUGCUCCCAAAGUCAGUCAGAAGAGAGGAGGAGAGCCCUGGUCCACUCCUCCACUUUCAUAGCACCUUUCCACAACAUCUAACGCCAGAAACCGCUUCCUAAUUCAGUCAGAAGAGAGGAGGAGAGCUGUGGUCCACUCCUCCACCUCCUGACCACGUUUCAGGAGCAUCUUUACCCCAAAAACUGCUCCUGAAGGCAGCCAGAAGAGAGAAGAACAUCUCUGGUUCACUGCUCCAAACAGACCAGCACCUUUUGCCAACAUCUAACCCCAAAAACUUCUUCCCAAUUCAACCAGAAGAGAGAAGGAGAACCCUGGUCUACUCCUCCAUCUCUAGACCACUGCGAAGCCACAACUUUUCCCCAAAAACUGUUCUCGAAGUGAGCCAGAGACAGAGAGCUCUGGUCCACAGCUCCACCUCCUGACCACCAUGAAGCCACAACUUUACCCCAAAAACUGCUCCUGAAGUGAGCCAGAAAAGAGGAGAACAUCACUGGUUCACUGCUCCAAACAGACCAGCACCUUUCACCAACAUCUAACCCCAAAAACAGCUCAAAAAGUCAGAUAAAAGAGAGACAGAGGCCCUGGUUCACAGCUCCCACCAGACCGCGGCUAAACCACAUCUUUACCCUGAAAUGACUCCCUGUCUGAGCCAGAAGAGACGAGGAGAACCCUGGUCCACUCCUCCACCUCCAGACCAGCACCUUUCAACAACGUCUAACCCCAGAAACAGCCCUCCGUGUCGGGCAGAAGAGCGAGAGCGCCCUGGUCCACAGCUCCAACCACACCUGGAUUUAUUUAAGUUUUAUUUAAAUUUCUAACACAACUUUUAACUUCAGUCACUAAUGAUCCACCCAAAGAGGAAAAAAUAACAGAAAUGUACCUGUUUUUGGAAGACGUUUAGGAUUUUUCAAAUCAUUCUAACUCUGUGUAUUUUCAUUAGAACAUGGCCAUGAAAACAAGAGUCUGAGAUGAGAUGUUCUGACGAGCAGCGAUUGCCUUGUGUUUUGGAACUUUUUAACAUGAAAAUUAACUGAAAAACUUAACAUUUCUGAGCCAAAUCUGGACUGAAGACUGUUAACGUUCCCCCCAAAAGCAUGUGUGUGUUUUUAUGUCCAGAGCAUGUCCCUGAUGUCCACGUGCAGAAGGACAGAGAAACACAGGUCCUCAGAAAGACAGAGGAGGUCCUCAGAAAGACAAAGGAGGUCCUCAAAAAGAUGGAGAAAUGGCUGAAACUGAAUGAAUCAAGUGUCAAACGGACUCUUCAGUGUGAGAAUCUCCAGGACUGUACGAAUGUUUAUGUAUUUUCUGUUUUUCUCUCGUUGGUCCUGGAGGUCGACGGUCCCGCCCACUUUCAGGUCCACUCUGGUUCUGGACGCUAAAUUUCUAUUUUUCCCACAGACUUUUCAAAAAAUUCUAAUCUUAAAAAGAGGGUUCCUCAUCACUAACCGAUCUGAAGAGGUUUUAGAGUCCUCCAUGCAUGUUUGAGUAAUCUAGAGAUCUCUCCCGGGCCCUAUUCAAACCCUCCGCCCCCCCCCCCCCCAGGCUCCCACACGACAACUCUCCAUAAAAACACAAAAAUGCGACACAAAACUGAACACAGCGACGCGACAAACCUGAUUUCUGUGCAGGAGGUUCGUUAGUGCGUCGCAGCGUGUGUGUGUGAUAGUGCUCUGAAGGGGGAGGGACGUAGAGUGGAGAGUAAAGAGAGAGAGGGGAGACUCAGAACGACAAAAAUGAAAGUCAAAUACGUUGUUUUGGGCGAAUUUAACAUUUUCAGAACAAUAAAAUGAACAUGGAGAUCGAAAUAUGACACGUGUUACAGUGAAAACCCCACAGAGGUAUAAUACUCCCCACAGGUAUAAUACUCCCCACAGGUAUAAUACUCCCCACAGGUAUAAUACUCCCCACAGGUAUAAUACUCCCUCUUUCCUAACUGUCGGCUGUAGUUUUAGUCUCAUUUUUUCGGCUCUUGGCGUCUGAAAACCUUUGUCCGUUAAAUGAUUUCAGAUUGUUUAUCGCUGAGCCGCGGAGACGAGUGUCGAGUGACUCUGGACCUAAAGUUCUGCAAUAAUCAGUCACCAGCAGCGUUUAAGGUUCACGUCGUUUUUAUUCUCGUUCUGAUCACGUGACUUGUGUUUUUUGUUGACGGACGUAGAAGCUGCGACGGACGACGACGACGAUUCUCUUUAGGUGUAAAUAUCUCGUUUGAAAAGCGAACGGACUGAAGGACUGAAGCGGUUCUGUUUCCUCUGGUUUUACUGUUUAACUCUGUACA